CGCAGGGCUGCGCGCUCCGCUCGGCCUCGGCCAUGGCCGCGGCCCGGUGCCGAGUGUCGGUGGGGCUGGGGCUGGCUGGGGCGGUCCUCGCCGCCCUCGGCAUCUGCCUGCUCGUCGCCGGGCCCGUCAUCAUCAAGGAGCAGGUCGUCAAGAAUGUGAGGAUCGACCCCAGCAGCAUUGCCUUCGGCAUGUGGAAAGACAUUCCCGUUCCUUUUUACCUCUCGGUGCACUUCUUCGAAGUGAUGAAUCCCCAGGAGGUCCUGCAGGGAGCGAAGCCAGUCGUGAAUCAACGUGGGCCCUAUGUUUACAGAGAGUUCAGGUAUAAAACGAACAUCACAUUCCACAACAAUGACACCGUUUCCUUCCUCGAGUACCGGAAGCUCUUCUUCCAGCCGGAGCUGUCCAUGGGCAGGGAGGACGACUACAUCGUCGUGCCGAACAUCCUGCUCAUGGGGGCAGCUGUAAUGAUGGAAAAGCUGCCAAACUUUGUGAAGCUCUUACUGAGCGGAGCCCUGGCUGGCCUGAAACAGGAGGCGUUCAUGAACCGGACAGUAGGAGAGCUCAUGUGGGGAUACCAAGACCCUCUUAUAGAAACACUAAAUAUGCUUGUGCCUGGCUUGAUCCCUUUCAAGGGAAAAUUUGGCUUAUUUGUCGAAUUUAACAACUCCAAUUCAGGACUGUUCACAGUGUAUACAGGCAUGAAGGACAUCAGCAGAGUUCACAUGGUGGAUUCAUGGAAUGGAUUAAGAAAAGUGAAUUACUGGCAGACCAAUGAAUGCAACAUGAUCAACGGGACCUCGGGGGAGAUGUGGCCACCAUUCAUGAGCCCGACAUCACUGGAGUUCUACAGUCCCGAUGCCUGCAGGUCUAUGAAGCUGGUGUAUGAGCAGUCUGGGGAGUUUGAAGGUGUGCCCACCUAUCGCUUUGUGGCACCGAAGACUCUCUUUGCCAACGGCACGGACUACCCACCCAACGAAGGCUUCUGCCCUUGCCUACAGUCUGGUAUCCAGAACAUCAGUUCCUGCAGGCUCAAUGCACCCCUGUUCCUUUCCCACCCACACUUCUACAAUGCUGACCCCUUCCUGGUGAACGCUGUUGAUGGCCUGCACCCCAACAAGGAGCAGCACGCGCUCUUCCUCGACGUGCACCCAGUGACGGGCAUCCCGAUGAAUUGCUCCAUCAAGCUGCAGCUGAACCUGUACAUAAAGCAGGUGGCGGGUAUAAUACAAACAGGGAAGAUUAAGCCGGUGGUCCUGCCGCUGCUGUGGUUCGCAGAGAGUGGAUCCAUCGAAGGCUCAGUCCUAAAGCAGUUUUACACCAGCCUGGUGCUGAUCCCGUCCGUGAUGGACUAUCUGCAGUACAUCUUCCUUGGGCUGAGUAUCCCUCUCAUUAUCACAGCAGCUUUACUCAUGGCAACGAGUAAGAGAACCACCGACGAGAAGAGCCUGCGUGAGCCUGACACGCAGAGCAACCCCGCUCCGUUCUCUGAGACAACGCCGCUCCUGCAAGACACUAGUACGCUGAACCAGGACGAUGCCGAAGCCUGAGGUGCCGGCCCUUGUGUGCUCUCCACCAGGGAACACUCGUGUGCUCAGGGAGAAGACUUGCUUUGGAUCCAGAGAGCACCCUGGAAGGUAAAGCCAUCCUGAGCAACACUGCUAGGAACUCUGCAUGUCACUGCAAAGCCACCAGGCAGUGGCACCAAAACUUGCUGCACCAGGGCCCAGGUGGGGUGGAGGUUAGCUCCUUCCGGCACCUGCAGCAGGAUUCAAGAACACUUGUCUGAACGGCGCUGGUAUUUCCCAUAGCAUCUCUAUACUGGUUGGCAGGCAUCGAUGAAGAGAGUCACUGGCUGAUCUGAGGAGUUAUUUUGCUACUUAAAACUGCCUGUUGCCAGGAGUAAAAGGCACUCUAGCAAGAGCCUUUAGAUUCGUGCAUAAAGCAAUGAUGGGAUUUAGUGAUCUUUCUAAAUGCUGCCAUUUUACAUCCCCUGAGAACGGACCCUGAAGUUUUAUUGACACAUCCUGGGACUGGACUACCCUGCAGGUCAGUUCUGGGUGCCAUCACUUCAGUGAUGACUUUGUUAGAGGUCUUCAAGGGUACUUGGAACCUGCCCUGGACUGCUCCUGCCUCUGUGUGUAUUGAAUAGUGCAGUGCUGAUUUAAAAGCCCCUAAUCUGUGCCAGGAUCUUGAGGUCCAGUGAUUCCAGUCCAAAGCCCCUUUACUUAACCUGCUGGCUCUCUCCUCCCUUUAGAUUUAGAUGACUGAGUGAGAUAAACCUUGCCAAAAAAGCUUGGCUUUGGUACAUCUGAUCUGUCACUUAGCUUCCAGCAGACGAGUUGUCUCUACUGCCGGGUCACCCGUGCAGGGUCAUGUAUCGUAGGUGCUGUAAGGUGCUCGUGUCACUCUGCCUGGGCUGCCAGCCUGCAGGAGGGGGUCAGCUUCUGCCCAUUCCCUCCUUUGAGCAAUAACAAUGACAUUUGUGCUUUUGAGGUGGUGGAAGCCAUGUGCAGUCAUGAUGGUAAUGAUAGCCUUAGUAGGAUCUGCCAGAAGUAGUGUAGACCUCUAAAAUGAGGUCUUGUUGGGUCUGGGGCUGGAAGCUGACUGAGAGGGCUGGGCUGAGGUCACUCUAAUGGGGAAGAAGCCCUUAAACCCAGGGAUAUUUCAGGGUUAAUUAUCAGUCAGUAGUUGUCUUCCGCACCUGCUUUCCCAGCUUGCACUAUGGGAGACUGAGCAACAUUUUGAGAGGCUGAAAGGACCAAUGCUGGUGCCUUUGGAAGGGUGAAAUGCAGAGUAGGGAAACUUGUCUCUGCACCAGAGUGCUUCCAGCCCUGCUUGUAGCAUGGGUACUGCGGUGAUCUGGAAACCACUGCUUGUGACCUUCCAGGGGGGCUAAGCAAUGUCUUCUCUUUCAUGCCACCAGGUCUCUUACUAGGCAGGAAGAGAACAGGAGAUAAAACCACCUUCAGCAGCUCACAGGCUAGUGCAUUCCUUGCUGGCUGCGUCCCCAGCUGUGUAGCUGGGGUUCAGGCUGUCUUAUCACUGAAGUAGCCUAGAUAGCACAGACAACGAAGGGGGAAGCUAGGAGCUGCCAAGCACUUGGUCCAUAGACAGAAGUUGGUUAGUUCAGGCCUUGAUGCCCUGAAGCAUCAUGCAGGCAAGCUGUGGCUGGUGAAGUCCUUCCCCCAGCUGUGCUGGGGAGUUUCUGUGGCAUGAUCCGUACUAAGGAUGGUGCUUAAACUGCAGCUGUAAACACUCUCUGGUCUUGAAUCCAAAAUUAUUCACCAGCAAAUGUUGGCUCACAAUCUACGGCUUCAGCAAGCAGUGGCCAAACCGGGAGCACAGUGGAGGCACCGUCUCGGACGAGGCACUACGGGACCCUCGAUGCACCAAUUCACGUGAAUAAGGCCUAGUUGCGUGAGGCGAGACUAACGGUUGAUCCAAGAUAACUCCCCUUGAGCUCACUUGGUCAAGGUUUUGAUGAUGUACUAUGCUAAUUGCUUUUUGUACUGGUAAAACACGAACAAACUACUGCAA